AUGACCAUCCUCUGUGAGAACUGCAGCAAGCCAGUCAAGAGGAUAGAGAGCUGCAUCUUGAGAUGUCCUGCUGCUACAUCUGUGUCCAGAAGGGAGCACAGGAUCCCAAAGUCCUUCAGGUCAACUAAAGGUGCUUCGAAAGCUCGUCGGGAUCAGAUUAAUGCUGAGCUCCAGACUUUGCGCUCUCUUCUGCCCAUCUCAGAGCAAGAGAAGAAGCGGCUCUCAUAUCUUCACACCAUGGCUCUGGUCUGCUUCCACAUACGAGAGACUCAACUUUUUCCUCCCGGUUUCCAUGGCUGAGUGGGACCAGUCCCUGCUCUUGCCAAUGCUGUCACACUGCUACAUCCAGAACUGCUGCUUUCCCUCCCAGGGUUCAUCUUAGCUCUCACUGGAAAUGGCAAACUGUCCUACGUCUCUGAGAAUGUGUCCCACUUUCUCGGUUUUUCUGUGGUAGAACUCCUAGCUCAUGGAGACUCCAUCUUUGACCUCCUGAGCAGCUCAGCAAGCAAGGUCAUGCAAGAGAAGCUCUGCUUUGCUCAGGAGCAUCCAGGCACUGCAACUGAAUUCAUCACUGAAAUGUGCACUUCAAGAGCUUUCCGGAUAAAGUAUGGAAAGAACCGCUCCAUGGUCAUGCGAGGCAGAUUCUUCAUAUCUGACACACAGUUAAUUAUCUCCUCUCCUGCUUUGACUUUUGUUGCCUUCUGCACUCCUGUUGCACAUGCGUUAGAAGAUGAGGACGAUACUUCCCAGAACUCAUUCCAGAGCAAGCACACACUGGAUAUGAAGAUUGCAGAGCUUACUAAAAAUGUUGUUUAUCAUCUUGGCUAUCAGAAAGAAGAGUUGAUUGGCCAGUCUUGGUACAGUCUUCUACAUCCUGAAGAUAUUGGAAGAGCUGCAGAGAUGCACAGGGCCCUGACGCAGGGUGCUGGGAAACACAUUCAGCCGGUGAUAGUCCGCCUACUCUGCAAGGAUCUAAACUGGACUUGGGUGCAAGUGGCUGCAUCAAGAGAGAAUGGAAAGGCUGGAGAGCUCAUUACUUGUACCAGCUACAUCCUCAGGGAAGAAGAAGCCACCUAUAUCCAAAGCCAAGAUCAUCCAUAUGGAAUUGCUGUUCAAGUCACCUCAAAUCAAAAAUAUUGUUAUGGAGAAACACAGCAACAGACAAAAGUAAAUAACGUCAACUUUUUGCCCCAAGAAACAGCAAGAGCCAGGGAUGAGAUACUCAGGUUUAAUCCCUUCCAGCUUCCUGAAGCUCCUGAAGAGAAGGUGGCCACUGUUUCUUUUCAGCCUUUAUUUUCAACCAGCUUGGCUAGCAUGGUUGAUGUAGCUAACCUACACUCCUCUCAAGAAACUAGAUUUCCCUUCUUCCCUGCUGGUCUUUCUUGUACAGACCAAAGAAACAGAUGGGAUUCCUUGAGCCAUACUGCUCUCUGUUCCUUGGAUAGUUCAUUUUCUUCUGACAGCAGUUCUUCUAUAGACUUUUCUCCACUAGAAGGAAGAUCAUCCUCAGGAACAUUUUCAGUGAUGGGUACGAGCCCUGACCAAGACAAAUGGGCCAUCAGUAUAUUGGCUAAACAAAUCCAUUAUCUUGAUGAAAUCUUCUCUCAGUACACAAAGGAAAUUCCUCAGCAACCACCUGAUAUUCCUCUGUGGCCUGGACGGUCUUCUGAGGAUACUCACAUGGUAUCAUCUAGACAGAACUGGGGGACGGAUGGAGCUCUAGAUUUCCUUGAAGAAUUCUCUCUGGAUGAAGAAGUCAUCACUAGCAUCUUAAACAACCUCCUACACCAUGACAGUUUGAACCAAUCCACCUCUGAGUCAAGCCCAACAGGCAAUUUUCACAUAUCAAAUACUGAGUCAGAGCUUCCUUUACUCCCAGCUCCUCUAACAGAAGCAACUUCUUGCCUUGGCGAGUACUCCUUCAUGCAGCCUUCUUCUUCCUCUGCAUUAUCUGGUUCUCAUGUGCCUGAUUCCCAGUGGGAUGGAACAAUUAAUGCUAUGCUUGAACAAGGCAUCUGUUCAGAGGAAGCCAUGUUCUGCUGAUCCUGGACUACUAUGUCAGGAUGACCAGAUGUCAUAACCACAAAGAACAAGGCACUGCAAAAUAUAGGAUGUUCAAGACCAGUGAUGGACAUUACAAAGCAAAAGCUAAAAACCCAUGCUUCUUCAGUCAUGCUCAAAAUGAAGGAUGCGCUGGAAUUCCUCCUGGACGGAAGGCUGAA